AUGAAUCCGAACAUCUUGCUGUUUGGAGUGUUGGCCAUCAGCAACGUAUUCGGGGCUGCCUUGAAUGAUAACAUCGACAUCGACAUCAAGGUUGAUUCGGAUUCGAAGCUCUACCAUCAGGGCAAGACGGUGGAGGGAUCGUUCAACUACGGGUACAUCGUGCCGCGCCAGAACUACAACCAGUUCCAACACAAGGUCAAGGGUCCUGACGAUGUUACGUACGGGUGCUACGGAUUUGUGGACCCCCAGAACGGUACCCACCUGUACCACUACGUGUCCGACAUGACAGGCUAUCGGGUGGUGGCACCGAACAAGCCGACCACCGUCUACUCGGCCCACGUGGCCAACAGUGUCGCAAACAUCUAUGACGCCACCGGUACAAAGUACGAUUGGGACGAUCUCUUCCUGCCCGACGUUUGCCGCGUGCUGCAAAAAAGCAAGGAUGAGCGCAACGAGCUGUCGAUCCCGGAAGGGUUCCGGGUGAACGACGAUGGAACGGUGACGCAGACGACUAAAGCACCGCCCCCCAGCAGCCGCAGGCCCGACCCUACCACUACUACCAACGACUCCCCGAGCCACGACUACCAGGCCAACGACUCCCGAACCAACAACUGCCAGACCAACAACUCCUCGACCAACAACAGCCAGACCAACGACUCCCAGACCGACAACUCACCAGCCACGACUACGACACGACAACCGACCGAACCACGCCAAGAACAACCGGCCACCACCCGACGUCCGGCAACGACAACUCCACGGCCGACCCCGAAAAACAGCUACGCCGAGCAGCCAACCAAAACCAGCGGCAACAAGUUUGGACCACCGAACGGUGAUAAUCUAAUCGGACAACCGACAAACAAUCUGGUCCAGAAGCCCCCCCGUGAUCUGGAUGCGGUUGGCUACGAGCUUCAGGAGCUGCGAACGAUGCUCCAGAUGCUACUGAAACAGUUGGGCCCUUCCCGGUCCGGACCGUCUGUGGACUGUGGAGACGAGGGGCUCGGUGCGGUCGAUCCGAACGCGAAACAGGUGUUCCUGCCGCUCGUCAUUGUCGAUAGUCUGCCGGGGACGAAGGCAGCGCAGAUCGGUGGUCUACCGCCCGGCAGUCAGUUUGCCAUUCCGUCAGUCGGGUACGGGUCGCCGCGGUGUGGUAACUGUGGUUGA